AGGUAGCUUUACCGACCAAACGCCCUGAGGAAAAAUCUUCGGCCUUAUCACGCGAUAAGCCUCUCUAUCUGUCCUGCUACCUUAUCAAACAGCAAAAAAGUUCCAGGCCAAUUGACUUCAAGGCCUCAAGGUGCGAUUGCAUUGGUAGUGUCUCAACGCCAACACGUUACGAAUAAUAAUACGACGGCACAUACGGACCAUACCAUCAAUCUAUCCGUGUCGCCCCUUAAUGUAAUUUCUUUGCUUUUGUCCAAAAGCAGCCCGCACCCUCAACAUGUCGACCAAGCGGAAGGCGUCCGCCAAAAUCGCCCAGCCUGUGGCGAGACAGAGUGCGAAGAAGACGCUGAGGCCUCAGAUAAAUGAGUCCGAGACAGCCGUGUCGGUUCCCGAAUCCUCAAAAGCCAACCAUGUGGCACCUACAGAAGCCAUCAUAGAAAUCUCAAGUGAUGCGGACAGCAGCGACUACGAAGUUUCAGACAACGAACCGACUCAUACAAGAGAAGACGCACACGACAUACCACCUAAAGUUACCAUAUCUGCUGCUCCUAGACCCGCCGACACUCUGAAGAAGCACAGCGACGACGCCAGUACCGACAUCGCUAUGGCUGAUUCGGGCAUCCCCAAUGACACCGAUUCCGACCAAGAGUUGGCACAACCCACGUUAGGCGAACUUGCACGCGCACACGGCACAAUAGAUGUCCCCUCAGCAUUAACACCCCAGUCCGACGCUGUCGCCUUGCAAGGACGAAAUAUAGCGCCUCCAAGCCAUUCAUCGUUGGGGACAGUUCUCUCCCAAGCACUUCGUACCGAUGAUGCAGACCUGCUCGAAUCGUGCCUUCGUGUCACAGAUGGCAACACAAUCGACAACACCAUUCAAAGGCUAGAUUCUACUCUCGCCGGCACACUUCUUUCUAAGCUGGCCUCCCGAAUGCACCGACGACCUGGACGAGCUGGUAGCUUGAUGACUUGGGUCCAGUCCACCCUCAUCUGUCAUGGAGGCGCCUUAGCUGCACAACCUGGGCUUGUGAAGAGGCUGAGUGAGCUGCAGCGCGUGCUAGAUGAGCGUGCAAGAGGUUUGAACUCGCUUCUAGCUUUGAAGGGGAAACUAGAUCUUAUGAACGCGCAACUCAAGUUAAGGCGACAGCAAUGGAACUCAGAAGUUGACGAGGAUGUGCAAGAUGAUGAAGGAAUCAUCUAUGUUGAGGGAGAAGAUAGUGAUGCUGACAUGGUCAACGGAUUAAUGGAUGUGGAUGAUGAUGAGCUCCCGGUUACCAAUGGCGUGGUGGAUGACGACUCAGAAGACGACGACCUACAGAGUAAUGCAUCUGAAAGCGAAGAAGAACUUGAUGCCGAGGAGGAGUUAGAUGAGGAUGAGGUUGAUCAUGAUGAUCUCGAAUCCGAGGAAGAUGAUAGUGAGGCUGAGGCUGCCCCUGAACCGCCUUCUAAGAGGUCAAAACACUCUAGAGGCAGGUGAGAACGUGUAUAGCGAAGAAAUGUUGAAUAAAUGAUUCUGGAACAGCAAAACAUACUCGUGCCAUUCAUAGCAUUGGCACGCUUUAGAGUGAUAUUGAAUUGCCCUGUCCUGUCUCGCCACUGGACUUCGGCAAGACACAGCUUGACACAUUACUAACGAUCCUUCAGAGUUGAUUCAAGGGUUUUGCGAAAAUGAAGUUAUGUUUCGGUUAUACGCCGAUUUCUUGGCACAUGAUGCCAACUCUGGGGUAUCGCACUGGAAGAGUUCGAUCCAAACCUAUAAUGUUCUAUAAAAUCCUGAAAGCAGUAUUCAGACAAAAUUACCAUAACUCAAAGUGAAUAGAGCUCUUUGUAUGAGUUAAGCAUGAAUAAGAAUAAAGCUAAAGGGUGUGACCCUCAUGAAGA